UCCGCAGACAGCGUCUCCUUCUGAAGUACGGCGUCGAGCAGCGACCUGUUUAUCUCAAGCCUCGUUUUAUUUCGCUGAGAACGAUUGAAAACAAAGAAAUCACAUCAGGAGUUACAACAGAAAAGGAGAGAUUUUCUCUCAGCAUGAUGGAGAUUGAAGUGCCUAAAAUGCAUCCAAGCCAACAGGAUAUGGAUCUGAUAGAUAUCCUGUGGAGGCAGGACGUGGAUCUGGGAGCGGGCAGGGAGGUGUUUGAUUUCAGCUACAGACAGAAGGAGGUGGAGUUGCGACUGCAGCGUGAGAAGGAAGAGGAGCAGCGGCAGCAGCGGCAGCGGGAGCAGGAGAAAGAGCUGCUCGCUCAACUCCAGCUGGACGAGGAGACCGGGGAGUUUGUGCCGCGGAGCGCCCCGCUGACGCAGGACACCGCGACCAGUGCCCAAAUCACACAGAAUGGGGCUUUCGCAGAACAGGACGGUGAUGCCAUGUCAUUCGAUGAGUGCAUGCAGCUCCUGGCGGAGACUUUUCCACUAGAUGAGGCAGCUGAGUCAGUGCCGCCUUGCCUGGAUGCCUCCGAUCCUCCUUCCACAGAUCUUAUGAUGCCCCCAGACAUUCCAGCCUUUACCCAGAAUCCUUUGCUGCCAGGCUCUCUGGAUCAGGCCUGGAUGGAGUUGCUCUCACUCCCAGAGCUGCAGCAGUGCCUCAACAUGCAGAUGCAGGAGUCGUUGGAUAUGAAACCCUCCGUAGAAGCACAGGACCCAAACUACAGCCAAUACCUGCCCGGGAUGGACCAUCUCUUGUCGGUGCAGACAGAGGUGUGUCCUCCCGAAUACAUCAACACAUACGAUGGAUCCUUCAACACUAUGGUGUCGCCCAACCUCAGCCAGAUGAGUCUGAACGUCCCGGAGGUGGGGGCCGAGUUUAGACCUGAAGAAUUCAAUGAGCUGUUUUAUCCUGAGAUAGAGGUUAAAGUGAAUGGUGGUCCUCUCGUCUCUGAUGGAGGAAAUAUGGUCAGCCAAUUGGCGGAGAUCUCCAGUGAUCCUCCUGUGAACACCAUGGAUCUGCACAGCUUCUCACCUGGAAGCUUCAGCUCAGGAAAACCAGAGCCUAUGGCCGAAUUCCCAGAUUCUGAUUCCGGCUUGUCGCUGGAUUACAGUCCUCACAUGAGCUCUCCGGGGAAGUCCUUGAACGGAGAUGAAUCCUUUGGUUUUAGCGACUCCGACUCUGAAGAGAUGGACAAUAGUCCGGGAGGCAUGGAGUCAGAUUAUACAGAGAUAUUCCCGCUGGUUUACCUUAACGACGGAGCGCAGGGAUCUCUCUCAGAGAAACCUCCAGCAGACAAACAGGAGAUGAAAGCGAAGAACCAAAAGAUAGAGCCGGCGGAGGCCAGCGGCCACUCCAAACCUCCCUUUACCAAAGACAAGCAGAAGAAACGCUUGCUUGUGACCUUGAUUCAGUGUCAAGGGACCAAAGUCCCCAUGACAGGUUUUGGAGUAAGAUAA